CGUUAUUCGCCGCGUGUGCAUCAAACAAAUAAACACAAUCUCAGCUCAGAAAAUGUGGUUACUCCUUUUAGUCUGCGGCAUGUCGUUGGCCCACGCCUCGCAUUACUCUGCUGAAGGACAUUACGAGGGCGGGAGUGAGACAGGCGGUACGGGUAUCGGAAGUGGCACGGGUAUCGGAGACUAUCAUAGCCAGCAUACGCCCACCACAUACUCGGAGACAUCGAAGCACGUGCCCGUCCAUGUCAUUGAGAAGGUGCCGCUGCCCAUACCACAUCCGGUGGCUGUUCAGGUGCCCAAUGUGAUACGUCUGCAAAUACCCGAGCCGUACGCUGUCCAUGUGCCGGUGCAACAGGAAAUACAAAUUCCAGUUUACAAAAUAGUUCCCGAAAUAACUGAACGCAAAAUUCCGUACACUGUAGAGAAACCCUACCCUGUGGAAGUGGAGAAACCCUAUCCCGUCGAAGUGAUCAAGCACAUUAAAAUCCCAGUUCCUAAACCAUAUCCUGUGCCCUACACCAUCUACAAGCAUGUCCUGCACAAGGAGCACGGCUGGUAAAGCCUCCAACAGGUGUUCAACUUAGUUAUAGAGCUUAUGGCAGCGAA